AUGGAGCGCACUUGGCUGCGGGCAGUGCGCGAGGGAAAAGUGGGCGGAGAGGGGCGGGCGCAGAGGGAGGCGGUGGUCGCUGAGACGUUACGUGGCAGGGCGGCCGCGGCCCGCUCGGGCCCGGGUGGCGAGGGGGCCCGGCGCUCCAUGCAUCCGCCGCCGAUGGAUUUUAGUGAGAACAGCUUAUUUGGCUACAUGGAGGAUCUGCAGGAGCUCACCAUCAUCGAGAGGCCGGUCCGCCGCAGCCUCAAGACACCAGAAGAAAUAGAAAGACUGACAGUUGAUGAAGAGCUCAGCGAUAUUGAAAGGGCUGUGUAUCUGCUCAGCGCUGGUCAAGAUAUCCAGGGAACAAGUGUGAUGGCAAAUCUUCCAUAUUUGAUGCGACAGAAUCCUGGUGAGACACUUCGGAGAGUUUUACCAAAAGUCAGAGAAGCCCUGCAUGUUGCAGGGGUGGAAAUGCAGGUAACGGCUGCGGCGUCAUUUCUGACCAUUCUCCAGGAAGACUCAGUGUCAAUUCAUGCAUAUGCCCACUCCUUCCUACAAGUCAUCCUACUGCAUCUGGAGCACAGGGAUGCAGGUGUCAGUAACGCAUGGCUGGAAACUCUUCUGUCUGUAAUAGAAGCAUUGCCAAAGGACACCCUGAGGCAUGAGAUUUUGAAUCCACUUGUUUCCAAGGCACAAUUAUCCCAAACAGUGCAGUCUCGUUUAGUUAGUUGUAAAAUUUUAGGAAAAUUGACAAAAAAAUUUGAUGUCCAUACCAUUAAAAGAGAAAUCAUUCCGCUGGUAAAAUCACUCUGCCAAGAUGUAGAUUAUGAAGUUCGAUCUUGUAUGUGUCGUCAAUUAGAAAAUAUAGCUCAGGGCCUUGGGACAGAACUUACAAAAAGUGUGGUGCUCCCAGAAUUAAUUGAACUCUCUAGGGAUGAAGGCAGCAGUGUGCGGCUUGCAGCGUUUGAAACUUUGGUUAAUCUGCUUGACAUGUUUGACACAGAUGACAGAAGUCAGACUAUACUGCCCUUAGUGAAAUCAUUUUGUGAAAAAUCUUUCAAAGCAGACGAAUCAAUCCUUGUUUCCUUGUCCUUCCAUCUAGGAAAGCUGUGUCAUGGACUAUAUGGGAUUUUUACUCCAGAUCAACACUUGAGAUUUUUGGAGUUUUAUAAGAAACUUUGUACAUUGGGUCUGCAACAAGAAAAUGGACACAAUGAAAACCAGAUCCCCCCGCAAAUCCUAGAGCAGGAGAAGAAAUACAUGUCAGUACGGAAGAACUGUGCUUAUAACUUUCCGGGCAUGAUUGUUUUUGUUGAUCCCAAAAACUUCCACAUGGAACUCUAUUCUACGUUCUUCUGCCUUUGUCAUGACCCUGAAGUGCCAGUCAGAUACACUAUUGCUAUUUGCUUUUAUGAAGUGUCUAAACUUUUGAAUUCUGGAGUGUAUCUUAUACAUAAAGAACUAAUAACGCUAUUACAAGACGAAUCACUAGAGGUACUAGAUGCCCUUAUAGAUCAUCUUCCGGAAAUCCUGGAACUUAUGUCUGCUGGUGGAGAAAGCAGUACGCAAGAAAAUAAGUUGUCAGCUCUGCCUGAAUUGAUUCCUGCACUCUCCGCUGCUGAGCAGCGAGCCGCAACCUCUUUAAAGUGGAGAACUCACGAGAAGUUACUACACAAAUAUGCCUGUCUUCCACACCUCCUAUCAAGUGAUCAGAUUUACUAUCGCUUCUUACAAAGAAUGCUUACAAUCAUGAUGACAAAUAAUGUUUUGCCUGUCCAAAAGGCAGCAUCACGAACCCUGUGCAUUUUUCUACGCUACAAUCGUAAACAAGAGCAGAGACACGAGGUCAUUCAAAAAUUAAUUGAACAACUGGGUCAAGGAAAAAGUUAUUGGAAUAGACUUCGAUUUUUGGAUACCUGUGAAUUUAUUAUAGAGAUCUUUUCCAAGUCAUUUUUCUGUAAAUACUUCUUUCUACCUACUAUUGAACUGACACACGAUCCAGUAGCAAAUGUGAGAAUGAAACUUUGCUACUUGUUGCCCAAAGUGAAAGCCACUCUAAAGAUCCCUGCAGAUAAGCAUCUACUUCAGCAGUUAGAAAUGUGUGUGAGAAAACUCCUAUGUCAAGAAAAAGAUAAAGAUGUUCUGGCUAUUGUCAAAAGGACCGUAUUAGAGUUGGACAGAAUGGAAAUGUCCAUGAACGCUUUUCAGAAAAAGUUUUAUGAAAAAGAUUUGUUGGAUCAAGAGAAAGAAAGAGAAGAAUUGCUUCUUUUGGAAAUGGAACAACUAGAGAAAGAGAAGCAGCAGAAUGAUGGAAGAUCCCUGAGUGAUAAAACCUUUGAAAAGAAGCGUAGAGACUCUAAGACAUCAACAAGUCUGCCCAAAAGCAUCCCUGUUUCUGUUCCUGGACCCUCGUCUGCCAACCCAUCGACAAGCAAAGAAAUCAAGAAAUCCAAAUUGAUUCGAAGCCAGUCUUUUAAUAAUCAAGCUUUCCACACAAAAUAUGGCAACUUAGACAAGUGCACUAGUAAAACUCCCGCAGUGGCAGACUACACAGCUCCCGUCUCAGGGUUAACGAAGACUUCUGUACUGGCACUAACAGAUGAUUCCUUUCGGACCCGGAAUGCCAACAGCCUUCCAUCUGCCUUUUCUCCCAGUACCCCGUUACCAAGCACGUCCCGUGGGACCAGUCACACAGCUGAUUCAAAGAGCGGUGGGAGUAAAGAGACACAACCUCGGAAGGCCCCCCUAAAAUCCAGAAAAUCCAAUCCCUGA